CCCUUGGCUAGUUUGGCAGGCCAUAGUUUUGCGCUUCUUUCUCUUGCUUUACCAAUAAUCCCUUCCGCUUCGUGAGGAAUACACAGGACCCUGUUCACGUCUGCUCUCGUUCGAAACCAUCGGCUGAGAACAUUCAGGCACCGCACCAGCCGUUGACGCCAUGGCUUCGACAACCAUCGUGUGUCCGACUCAUUCUCUCGUGCGCACUGGCGAAUCCGCGGCCUUCAGAAACUCCGGCUUUUCCUCCUCGGAUCUGCACUCGCCGCUCGUGCCAAAAACUCUUCCUCUUCUGAGCCACGUGGCAGCCCAGCCGCGCUCUGCACGGUCCACGUGUCAACCUGCCAUUACUUCCCAGCUUCUCAAGAGCGGCGGUGGCGCAGCGCGCCGUCGGCUCAACCUGCUCGGCCUCGGGGUCGUUCCCCCACCGGGAAUUCCGGCGGCUCUUCCGCCGCAUCCGCCGCUGUCGCGCCUACUACUGCGCCGGCAAACGCGGAGAAAAGUACAUCAUCCGUCGAUGUCGAGAAGCUUCGCGAGCAGCUGCUUCGCGAAGGCUUCGUCGUUCUUAAAGACGCGCUUCCGCAAUCAACGGAAUGGGCCGAGCCGCCGAAGCUUCCCGCGCAGCUCUUCCCAACCACACUCUCCGAAUCCGAAUCCGACUCGGAUAGUGGCGCUUCGGACACAGAGUUAAUAUCCUCUCCCGCGUCGCUAAUCGCCAAGAUUCUCCUGCCAUCUCUGCCGGCCGCCGCGCUCCGAGUGGUGGAGGAGGUGACGGGGACGAACGUGGAUCAGGGGCCUGCCACGUGGCACACGGUGGUUCGCCCGUGGUCUGCUGGCCUGGGCUGCUUGGACGGGAAGUCGUGCGAGGACCCCAGCUUCGUCAGCAACAGUUGGCAGGUCGCCUGCACGCCGCCUGGUGACGUGGAGCUGAGUCGGCAGCGCCUGGACGAUGCGAUCCUAACAGUGGUGGUUGCCGCCCAAACCGGCACGCCAGGCUCGCCGUCCAACGCCG